AUGGGCAACUGCCUCGACAGACCGCGUGGCCGUGGCGCCGCCGCCGCCGCCGCGCAUUACGCCAAGAAGGGGGCGGUGGAGGAGGAAGAGGUCGAAAAAUCGCCUGCGCCGGUGAAGGAGGUGAAGAUCAGGAUUACCAAGAAGCAGCUGGAGGACCUUCUGCGGCGGCUCGAGCAGGAGGACGGUGGCAAAGGUGGCGCCGCCGUCGUCUCCGAGCUCCUCUGCAUGACGAGCAGCUGCAACUUCCGCCACAGGGGGCAGGCCGGACAGUGGGCGCCGGCGCUGCAGACCAUACCGGAGUGA